UUUUUAUGGAUGAUAAUUGUACACAAUGUACACAAUGUACUAAAGUUUUUUUGAUAUAAAAAAAAUUUAUUGAUUAUAAGCCUGAUCAUUUACGGAACUGAACGAUGAUCAAACCAAUCUAAAAAAAUCUAUAAACUAACAUCGAACAAAAUCCAACAAAAAAUCGAAUCAAAAUUGCAACAAAAAUGUUUGAUCAUCAUCGUUUGGUCAUCUUUUUAGUAUUAUCAUGUGUUCUUAUUUUUAAAUCGACAAUAGUUUCUUCUUCUGUAAUUCAUCAUCCAAAACAAUCUAAUGAUGAGAAAUUGAAACUUGUUUUCUUGUUUCAUCGUCACGGUGAACGAACACCGUAUAUGCUUUAUCCGAAUGAUCCAUAUAAAAGAAACAUUACCGAAACUGUUGGUAUUGGACAAUUGAUCAACAAAGGUAAACAACGUCUUUAUCGACUAGGUGAAUAUCUAUCGAAACGUUAUUAUAACAAAUGUGGUGAUCGUUUUCCAAUUGAACAAAAAUCACCAAGAAAAGUAUAUGUUAGAAGUUCAGGAUCAGAACGUUGUUUACAAUCCGUGUCAUUAUUAUUGGCUGGAAUGUUUCCACCGGAAGGUGAAUGGAAAUGGAAUCAAAAUCUAGGAAGUUUAUGGCAACCAUUCGCAAUACAAACAGUGCCAUUUGAUCAUGAUACACUUUUAAAUCCUGAUUAUAAAUGUCCAGUUGCCGAACAUGUAUUAGACCAGAUUUAUCAUUCGGAAGAAGCACAGAAUAUUCAAAGAAAAUAUCAAAAUCUAUUGCACAAAGUUGCCAAUUGGACUGGUUAUAAACCUGAAGAAAUGAAUAUUGUGAAUGCUUCGUAUAUUUAUGAUGUUCUUUUAUCUGAACAUAAUUUUGGUUUACCAUACCCUGAAUGGCUUGAUAAUAAUAUCUGGAACGAUUUGAAGAAUAUAAAUAAUGAAGUAUUUAGAUUUAAUUCUUCUAACAGAAAAAUUCAAAGAUUUCGUUGUGGAUCAAUGUUUGGUGAAAUUUACCGACAAUUGAAAGCCCAUUUUGGUAAUGAUAGCCAAUCCAAUGAUAAUCAUCAUCAGAUUUAUAUCUAUUCAACUCACGAUGAAUGGUUGGCACAAUUUUUAAGCUCAAUGCAAGUCUAUAAUGGUAUACCACCAUUUUUUGGUUCAACCAUAAUGUUAGAAGUGUAUCAAGAACCACAGAAUAAUGGUGAACCAUAUUUUAAAGGAUUCUAUUUGAAUUCAACAGAAACUGGCCACGCAUAUCCAUUACAAUUUCCUAGCUGUAAUGAACCGUGUACACUGACGAAAUUUCAUGAAUCAAUCAAAGAUUUGAUGAUUGAAGAUCCAAAAAUUCUGGAACAUGAAUGCUAUGUUGAUAUACAAAAAUAUUUGUAAUUCGAAAAAAAUAAUAAAAUUUUAUAAGCCAGGCCCAUAUAAUCAAUAAAUCAUUUCAUUGUCGUAGUA